AUGGACCCCGGCGCGGCGAUGCUGCUGCCCAGGGACCAGAAGCAGUUCCUGGCGCUGACCCAGAGGCGGCACGCGGAGCUGCUGCGGCAGGGCCGGAUCUUCAACGCCAGGGCCCGGCUCAUCGGGGGAGACCCCGCCGCGUGGGACAUUCAGGUUCGAGACCAGAAGAUUCGAGAGGCGACUGAGAAGGCUAGAGAUGAAAUCUUCGCCGCCGAGAUGAAGCACAACGACAAGAUCCUGUGCAUGUUAGAAAACCGGGAGAAGACAGAUAAGCUAAACAUCUGCAGAGCCAUCAGCAAGUUCCGGCAGAACUGCCAGCGCCCCGAGACGCGCCGCGAGUUCGACCUCUCGGACCCCCUGGCCCUCCAGAAAGAGCCGCCAGCCCGGCUCUCGGACCACGACCCCCGCAACACCGUCUCGGGCAUGCAGAAGUUCAUGGGCGAGGACCUCGACUUCCAGGCCAGGAAGAAGUUCCAGGAGGAGCAGAACCGGGAGUGGCUCCUGCAGCAGCAGCGGGAAGGACGCGACGCGCGGGCAGCGCGGAAGCGCGCAGAGGACCGCCACACGCAGACCCAGCUGCAGUUUGACGCCACCGCCAGGCUCCUGGACGAGCAGGAGAGGGCCACCAGCAAGGCCAUCUGCGUGGCAGUGAAGGAGUUCAACAAGAGCCAGGUGGCGGAGCUGGCGACCAGGAGGGCCCGAGAGAGGCAGCAGGAAGAGGAGGACAACGCGGCCGAGAUCUGCCACCUGCUGGGCUGGGACCUGCUGACCGAGAACCCGCUGCAGGCGGCCAGCACCGGGGGCCCGCGCCGGCUGCUGCCCCACCGCUGGAAGGGCAUGAGCGCCCAGGAGCGCGCGCACGUGCGCGACCUGCAGCAGCUGCAGGUCCAGGAGAAGCUGAGGCUGCAGGAGGAGGAGCGGCAGCGCGCGCGCGCCUGGGACCGGCUGCGGGUGCAGGAGGCCCGGGACGCGCAGCUGGAGCAGCGGCAGCGGGAGCGGCAGCGGCGGGAGGCGCGCCUGGCACUGGACUGCAGCAACCGGGGCCUGGCCGAGGAGCAGCGGCUCCGGGAAAAGGCCACGAAGGAGGCGUCCACGAACUACCACAGCGAAGACUACUUCUCGCAGUUCAAUACAAGGAGCCGAUAAGGACCCGAGC